AUGCCGCCGGCUUCAGACGCGGACACAAUUCGCAUUCUAGUGUCGACCGACAAUCAUGUUGGGUUCGAGGAACGGGACCCCAUCCGCAAGGAUGACAGCUGGCGGACCUUUGACGAGAUUAUGCAGCUCGCCCGCAAACAAGAUGUCGACAUGGUCCUGCUUGGCGGCGACCUGUUCCACGACAACAAGCCGUCGCGCAAGGCCAUGUAUCAGGUCAUGCGCUCGCUCCGGAAGAACUGCCUCGGCCUGAAACCCUGCGAGCUUGAGUUUCUGAGCGAUGCCGCCGAAGUCUUCGAGGGCGCCUUCCCCCAUGUCAACUACCAAGAUCCCGAUAUCAAUAUCUCAAUCCCCGUCUUCUCGAUCCAUGGGAACCACGACGACCCAAGCGGCGACGGGCACUUCUGCUCCCUUGACUUGCUGCAAGUGGCCGGGCUGGUCAACUACUUUGGCCGCGUUCCCGAGGCCGACAACAUCCACGUGAAGCCCAUACUACUGCAGAAGGGCAAGACGAAGCUCGCCCUGUACGGGUUGAGUAACGUGCGUGAUGAGCGCAUGCACCGCACAUUCAGGGACAACAAGGUCAGGUUCUACCGGCCGAACCAGCAGAAGGCCGACUUCUUCAACCUACUAGCACUGCACCAGAAUCACUACGCCCACACACCUACCAGCUACCUGCCCGAGAACAUGCUGCCCGACUUCCUCGAUCUGGUCAUAUGGGGCCACGAGCACGAGUGUCUCAUCGAUCCUCAGCGCAACGCAGAGACCGGAUUUCACGUUAUGCAGCCGGGCUCGUCGGUGGCUACCUCCCUCGUCCCCGGUGAAGCCGUGACCAAGCACGUCGCGAUCCUCAACAUCACCGGCAAGUCAUUUAAGGUGGAAAAAAUCCCCCUGAAGACGGUUCGGCCGUUUGUCACCCGGGAGAUCAUACUGGCCAACGACAAGCGCUUCAAGGGCUUAGAGAAGAAACAAGACAACCGCCAAGACAUCACCAAACGACUCAUGCUGAUCGUGGAAGAGAUGAUUGAGGAAGCCAAUACCGCGUGGCAGUCGAUCCACAGCGGCAGCGACAUGGACGAGGACGAAGAACAGCCCCUUCCCUUAAUCAGACUUAAGGUGGAAUACACGGCCCCAGAGGGGUCAAAAUUCGAGGUUGAGAACCCCCAACGCUUCUCCAACAGGUUCGCAGGCAAGGUGGCGAACCAAAACGAUGUUGUCUACUUCUACCGGAAGAAGACGGCAGCAACAAGAAAAAUCAAGGCUGACCUCCCAGAAGGCGUCGCAGAAGCCCUUGAGGGAGUGGAUGCCGUCAAGGUCGACUCGCUCGUGCAGGAGUUCUUUGCCCAGCAAUCGCUUAAAAUCCUACCGCAAGCACCGUUUGGAGACGCGGUCAACCAAUUUGUUAGCAAAGACGACAAACACGCGGUUGAGAUGUUUGUUAUGGACUCGCUCUCCACCCAAGUCAAGGGCUUGCUACAACUAGACGAUGACAAGAUCACCGACGGCCUGGAUGCGCACAUUGAGGAUUUCCGGAAGGUCAUGGAGAAGAGCUUCGUCUCGGGCCAGCAAAAGCAGGCACAGCGGAAAAGGAGGUUCAAGGAGAAACCCGAAGGCUGGGAUUCGGACCUGGAUGGCCACUGGACAGCGCAACCUGACGCCAUCGAGGAGGUCCCCCCGUCCCCCGAGCCAGCCCCGAGCGGCCGCGGUCGCGGCCAGCCCACUUCUGGUGUUACGUUCAGCGAUGAGGACGAGGGGCUGUCUGGUGAGGAGCCUGCGCCGGAAAAGGCACCAGUCAAGCGGGCAACUGCAACGACAAGGACCACGAAAAGGGCAGCGCCAGCCAAGAAAGCAGCAGCGCCCGCCAAGAAGGCGGUCGCUCCAAGGAAGACCCCGGCAAGGGGCCGGAAAAAGGCGAACCCAUUCCAGGACAGCGACGAAGGGGAGGGGGAGGAGGAAGAUGUCAUUAUGGAAGACGAUGAUGCAGAGCCAGAGCCGCCCACAAGGGCAGGACGAUCGACAACUAACCCUGUACGCGAGACUCGGGCCCGCACUGCCGCCAAAGGUCGCCAAACAACGCUCAACUUCUCGCAAUCACAGAACCCGAAAGCGUCUCAGACGGCAAUUGAAAUCAGCGACGAUGAGAUCUCGGAUGAUGAUGCGUUCGAGACUAUGCCAGCUACACGGAAAAGGGGCCGGUGA